CCCAGAUAUCCGAGGCUCGGCAACGAGCACUAUUGACGAGCAAGCCCCAGGAAGUCACCACUCACUAUCUUGUGCAAAGCGAUACGAGGUCGUGAGCGGCGGACCUCCAAGCUGGAAAAUCUAGAUCGGCACCAGGUUAUGCGGAAAGAACGAAGACCGCGGUCGCCAUGACGCAGACGGAUCCUGAAGAGCUUGACAUCGUCCGUUGUCAGAAUAUUGAACACGUGUUAGAGAUGCUGUUCAUGUCACAAACGCCAAGAUUGUUGUGUUGUCCGAUGGGACGGCGUGACACGGCGCGGAGAACAAACAAACCAACUCUCUCUGAACAUUGCUUGGUGUGAUGGUGACGGUUGACUGGUGAAAGGAAAGAAAACGAAACAGGGCGGGGCUAAGGAUGAUCACUGCAGUGUAAUAAACACCUAGCCUCGGAAUCUUGGAAC